CUCCUGUCCCGACAGAGUCAUCGCACCUGUGACGGCACUGAGCAACAGACCCCCCUGUUCUGUGGCCUCUUCUUCUCCACAGUCGUCUGCGGCAGCCUCUAUGACCUCCUUCACUUCCAGCCGAGCUUAGGAGGUACGCUGGGUUGGGUCCGUUUCCUGCCCAGCUGUCUCGGUUAUCCACUCUGGUUCGCAAUUUUUGGGUCCCUGUGUUUGGGUGACGCAGGCCGUCUGGUACCCCAACACGUCUUCCGCACGGAUUUCGCCCACUUUUUUGAGUCCUCUACUGUCCCGUUUCUAUCGGCCGUAAAGGACCUCAUGGUCAAACCCACGCUGCCCAACAAAUUGCCUGAGCUGCCCAACUACUCAGAGGCAUACUGUCCGUCUUGUGAUGUUCUCCUCCCAUUGGUAGACGUUUACGUGAAGCAUUGCAAACUGUGCAAGCGCUGUUACGUCGGUCAUGACCACCACUGCCUUUUCAUUUACAACUGUGUAGCUGGUAGGAACAUUAGAUUCUUCAUUUUCUUCCUCCUUCUCACUGCUCUGCUGGCGCUUGUCUUCCCUGCGAUGGGCCUCACCUACGCCUGCCAGUACUGUGGACGCGAGGAGCCGGUGAAAAAAGAUUAUCCGGGAGCCUACAGAGUCUAUAUGCUGGCGUCUUGUAUCUUGCGCAUUCUACCCUGUCUGUCUGUCCUUCUCGUAACUAGUCUCGCCGUUGAAUGCUGGUUGUUUGCCUUGAUUCGAAGUCAAUUCCUCCAAUUUACGCAUCAGAACUCUUCGCUGAUUGCUCGGUCUGGCCUUUGGCGUGUUUUUUUGGGUCUGCGCCGGUCGCAAUUAUAA